AUGGCGGCCAGCUUGAUGACUUCUCCGCAUUCCCUUCUCAUCUUCUUGCAGCCGUCGUUCUCUGGUAACACCGUGAUAUCCAGGAAUAGUCUCCAUUGCCGUAAGAACGCCAGGGUGCCCCGCCUGAAACUUGACAGGAGAGUUGGUGUUGCACGUUUGGGGUGCGGAGGCUCUGGCGUGGCACCAGCUCGUUGUUUGAGCUCGCAGAAUGGAACCUCGUCGAUCGAGGUGGGGAACAGGCCUCCCUUUGAUCUUAAUCUUGCUGUUGUGCUUGCGGGUUUCGCAUUUGAAGCUUACACGAGCCCUCCGGUAAAUCUCCCUUCCUUGGCUUCAUCCUUUCUACGGUGUUCUCUGUUCUUCAGUUUGACGGUAGCGUUUACUAUGCGUAAAAAAAUCUUUAUGCGUAGGAAAAUGUGGGAAGGCGCGAAACGGAUUCGGCAGAUUGUCAGACGGUGUUUCUUUCUGAGUAGGUUUUCGAGUUCUCAAUCGCAUGCAUCCUAAUUGAAUACCAUUCCUAUAUAAGGAGAAGUUGUGGUGAUUUUGAUGUGCCUUCGCUAUUAUCCUAGAGUUCUAUCACUUUCGACUCAUUUAUGGUGUUCUUUUCUUCGUUUUACAAAUGCUGGUUGUUAUUGUGCCAUUCAAGAGACGUGUUUCAAAGUCUUUUUUUUCCCAUCAGUUCCAUAAAUUUUCAAGUUUCAUCAUAACCGAGGUUUUGUGUCGAGCAAUUAAGAUUGGGUGAAUUCUCAUAUUUAGUUUUUUGAGGCAUGGAGACUGGUUCAAUGGUGAACCCAUAUUACGUGUUUGUUUUCUGAGGGAAAUGACGUUUGUCAUCCAGGAUCAGAAUAAGAGUGUUAGACAUUGGUUCCUAUUUUCACCUCUUCCUCUGUAUUCUUCUAGUACCUGUUUAUGCAUCGCAUCGAUUACAAGACCAAGUACGGAAAUCCUUCCAUUUUUUUUAAAAACUCGCGCUCGAAUCAGGAAAUUAGAUACGAACUAGAGUGGAAUCGUAUUUCGAUAGCAACAUCCUAGUAAUGCACGUCUUAGCCUGCCCUAGAUAUUGUAGCUGUUCUCCGCUGCCAACUUUGUGCGGAAGAUUUCAAAAGUAAUGAAAUCAUAGAAACAAUGGUUUUGGAAACAUUGAAACUUGCCGAGUUGAGUGACAAGCAAGCAUCAUACUGCUAUGCAGAUAUGCCAAUGCAACUUAAGAAACAAACUAGGCCAUCCCGUUUUUAUGAGAUAAGCUUUAAAUUUUUUCUUUUUAAUUUUGAUUUACUUUGGAAAAAUAUUCGAAUAUUUAGUGUUGUUUAAAGAAGUGCCUAGUAAGCACAGUAAUCUGUCUUUAGGGCUGUUGGUCUAGGAUGGCUGUUGGCAUACAGAGAUGCCAUAAAAAGGGAUUUUAAGAUCAUAUUGGAAACAUUAAUAUAUUAUCUUCUUUUUUUAAUAUAUAAUGCUUGAGUGAUGGUAUCCACUUUCAGGAGAAAAAACAAGCUUCCAAACGUUCAAGAUACAAAUCACCCUGAUACCUUAGUCUGACAUUCUCCUUUGUUCAACAAGUUUAUAAAGCUUGCUCAGUCUUCUUGCAUACAAUGUUCCAUUCACUUAAUCAGUUACUGUUUCUGCUGUCUUGAAUGCUCUGUGAGCACUUAUGAUUGUUUAUUGAUUUCUUUUGUCUUUUGAUUCAUUCAUCUGCUUGAUAGUGUGAUUAAAAAUGAACAAGGGGAACCCUGCAGUGUAUUUUCAGGAAUCUGAAUGUUAGAAGGUGUCAAUUAAGUAUGUGACAUAGAUUGCGGCAAUUUUAUUCAAGAACGUUAUUAAUUUGUAUGGCAUUAGUGCACGUAUCUAGAUUGUCCAAUAAAAUGAAUAUUUUCACGAUAUUUUAAGGUAAAGAUUUGUUUCAGCGGAUUUCCCUCUUGGUAUGUUUAGUCUAACUAUUGGUUUCAGUUCUUUGUUGAUUACCUUACAAAAAAUAAAUUUGAACAUUUUUUAGGUCAUUUUUACGUGAAGUAUAUGAUGGCCAGCUGUUCAUAAAAUUAAAGAAAGGUUCUGAUUUUCCUGCUAUGGAUCCAUGGGUAUCUUUUCUUUGUCUUACGACGUCCCAUAAAUUGUUGCUAUCUUGUUUCCAGAAGUAUCAUCUUUUGUCUGUCAUGCAUGUUGUAUAAUCACCUAGACAAAUUUUACUUCUCACCCAUUCUGUUAAUCAGUUUUCAGUGUUGUAUAACUUUCUUAGCUUUCAGUUAACUUUUCUAGUUGGGAUGAUGUGUUUCCGUUCUGUUGAUAUGUCGUGUGACUUUUAAUUUAGAACUACCUAUAACUCUCUAUCUUAUUGAGGUGCCUGACCUCAAAAUAAUUUUAUCCAUUUCUGAGUAAUCUCACUUGGGAAGGGCAAUUAAAUCUGUCCUUGAGAGACAUUGCGGCUACUGAAGAAGAGAAUGGCUAGAAUAUUCUUGUGGUAUAAAAUUACCAAGGAUGCGUACUUUGCAAUAGAAACCAUUCCUCGCUUCACAUGUACUAUUCACAAUACGUCCCGAGGCUUUCUAGGGCUUUUUCCAAGCCAGUACUUCACAGAGACAUCAGACAAACACUGGUGAUGUCCUUCUGUAGCUAUUCUGUCCGUGCUUUUCUUCUGCAUAUGAUAGUUUAAGAAUUCUGCGUAAUCAGAAUAACACUGGUCCUAGAAAUUCUUUUCCUGUCCAUAUUGUAGAGGCAAAAAUAUUUUUACUCGAAUCAAAACCUGAUAUAUUUCUGUAUAUCGUUGUUAACUUUCAGGGAACAAGUGAUCCAUAUGUCGUCUUCAACUUAGAGGGCCAGGCUACAAAAAGUGGGAUUAAAUGGGGGUAAGCUUUAUGCUUUUUCGUGUUUGUACAGCUUCAUCCAGAAAAGAAGGGUAAAUUCUCACAGGUCAAACUAGGAAUCGAGGGUUGAAAGUAUGAAAUAUUAAAUGUGUGCAAAAGGGAAGGAGAAUAUUAUAUAUCUUUACCGAGUAUAUUCUUUAUUGAACUUUUGGCCAAAUGCCUAUUUUGUUCAUAUAACUUCAGAAUAUAUAUUUUUUCCUGUACUCGCCUUUUCUCCUACAUGCAUUAUUGAGCAUAGACAUGGUGCACAGGAAAUGAUUGACUGAACCUGUUUUUUCAUCUUUAUGGCUGAAGAUAUUGUUUGACGGAUUGAAGCGCAAAAAUUAAAGGGUCUCCAGUUUCAGUUUAAUAUUCUUGUGGGCGGACAUAUGAAGAUCACGUUGUCUUUGAUGUCAUUCUAUUUUAAGUCUUGUUUGGCAACAGAAUGAUAAGAAUUUUGUUUCAACCGUAAUGCAAUAUUUUCCGAAAAUCAUUCCAAUCUGUGUUUAAAGAUAGGUGAUAUUAUGUCAAUAAGUUUUAUUUUAUUUUUUGGAUCAGAGGUGCAGAACUAAAUGGAAAUGUGAGUUGUACUGCAGUAAAAGGAACUAGUUAAAUAUUGUGGUUAGAGAUUUGAGUUUGUUCUUCUCAUUGUCAAGGAGAUACGUGAGAAUAACUUUACAUGAAACGGGAUAAAUUAAAUCAUGUGGCUGAGUAUAUGACUUAACUCUAAUCGUUGUCAGUAGGUUUUUAAACGUUAGCGUUUAAUGUGAAGCCGAUAAAUUAGGCAUCUUUAAGCCUCUGUAUUUCAAAAUAAAAGAAAUGACUGUUAAAUGCCACAGAUUAAGACAACCGCAUUUCAGAUUCCCUUCAUUUUUUAGUCGCCUAAUAGCUAGAAAAAACCACAUCGUCUUUCAUUUCCUCUUUUUAUUCUCUAAAAAGCACCAAACACCAGUACUACCACGUUAUUCUCCACAAACUCCCUACCUCUCUUUUUGUGUUCCCUUUUUUUUAUUAAAGAGAAAAUAAGGCAUUUCGGUCUGUUUUUUCUUUAUCCAUUUCUUAAUCCUUUUAAUACUUCUUAACCUAUUUUUGUGUACAGGACGAAGGAGCCGACUUGGAAUGAGGACUACACCUUGAAUGUCAAUAAAUAUUCCAGUAAAAUGUUACAGGUUGCUUGAGACAAAAUUUUGUUAAACGUUUCUAUCAUUUGCGGUCUAUUUUCAUUUAUAACUGAGCCAUGAUUUGGAUUUUUUAUCUUCUUUUAGAUUUUCUGUUGCAGUUGAAUUUUUGGAGACCUCUUAUGUUGGACAAUACUGAUGCUCAGACUCAUGUGAUAUGCUUUUCACAUGAAAUAACAGACCGAAAUAAGUGUUUGGUGCUUUUUACUUGAAGAAAUAAGUGUUAUCAUAUCCUAUGUUAUGCUUUUCAAUGUUGUCAGUAAAAUGGAAAGGGUUUAUUAUUUUCGUUUGAACAUUGUUGAAUUCUUGUGAUGUUGACGAGUUGUAAUAUUUGAAAUUUCUUUUCGAGACUUUAUUCCCAACGUGGAAGUUUUUCACCCUGUUGGAGAUUUUUGUUAGUCUUAUGUCAUAGCACAAUCGCAUUCAAGUCUGUCUCACUUAUUUGGUCAUUGAUUAUGUUUCUCAUCACUUGACAAGUUAGUCUGAUUCUGAUGAAUAAUUUAAAAGAGCAUGCCGUCUGAUAAUUUAUAUAUUAACUGUUGUUCUUAGGUAGCAGCUUGGGAUGCUAAUCUUGUGACACCUCACAAACGUAUGGGUAAUGCUGGGAUUGACGUCCUUCCUCUUUGUGAUGGUGAGAGCAACUCUUCUCUUCAUUUGUAAGCCUGUUGAUAAAAUGACGCUUCUCUUCUUUUUCAUUUCCGACUUCCUAGCUGUGAUAUCCAUGAUCUGAAUUUUUCUAUCCUAUAAAGGGAGCAUAUGACUGGUUUGGCCAUCUUAUCUCUUGGACAUGCUAGAUGUUCCACAUUCUUGCCUUCGAUAGGAAACUUAAAUGUUUCACAUUUUUCUUGUGCCAACGUUAUUUCUCAGGCGUUUGAUCCAUUCAUCUUUCCGUAUUUAAAGGAAUUUAAUUACUUUUCAAUACACAGAUGUUUAAUUUGAUGAAAAUACCCAUAUCUAUGUAUCCUUUGUACCCCAUUUCAAAAAUUGGGCAGCAUUCCUAGUUGAUUCUUGGCAUUCGUGCCCAUGUUGUCUCCAUCAUAGCACUCUAUAAACAUUGGAUCCCACGCGACUGCAAAAUGUUGUCCUUGGAUGAAUCUGAAUCACUUUGGUGAUACCAAAACUAUCUGUAGAAGUUGCAUUUGAUGUUGCUUUGAUGAAAACGAUGAACUGUCUUCUGUCAGGAAAAGUGCAUGAUUUGGUGGUGGAGCUGGAGGGGAUUGGAGGGGGUGGAAGGAUACAUCUUGAGGUAAGAGCUCCUCCAUUGUUUUUCAUACAUGUAUUAGUUUGAUUUGUUUGAAAAUAGAUGAAAGAAGACCUAUUCAUCACAUUUUGUUUUAACGUGUUAAAAUUCACCUAGGUCUCUCACAUCAAGUAAAUAACUGCAUUUUUCAAUGUCAUUCCAUUAUUCUCUUGCCCAUUGCUUAUUUUGAAAUAGCCCCAUCUAGGUUAGUACAGGAGUAAAGAUAUGGCUAUAAUAAGUUGACCUAUUCCAUUUCAUUUUCAAUUAGUUUUACAUUUGACCACGCAAUAUCGUUAACAUGGUGUUCGAGUUGAUCGGUGUCCUUCUAUUUCUGUUUCCACAUGACAGAAUCUGAAAAAUGGCAUGAAUGUAGGUUGUGUUAGAAUUAUUCUGGAUUAAUUUCAUGCAAGAAAUAUCCAAGGCUAUAAAGAUGGAACAUCUUCACUUAUCGCCCAACAACUUUUACUUGUUUAGCACGCCUUUUGAGCGAAAUCUGAUUACCAAUGCCCUCAGAUUCGGCGUCUACUAAGAUGCGCUUGAGAAACUAUAUAUUUUGAUAAAAAAUAUGUCCUUGCUGGUAAUUAAUCCUCCUAAUGAGGAGCUUCUCACUUGGCCAUGUCCUUGUGGAUAACUAAUUCCCCUAAUGCAGAACUUCUCACCACUAUCUUUUAAAUAAAGCUUGUAUUUUAUGUUGACAUAUUCAUUGUUUCUCAUUGGGGAAUUUUAUGUUGACAUAUUCAUCCAAGUUCUAUUGUAUAGUAAACGUAAUUUCCUCUCUUCAACAGGUAAAUUAUAAAAGUUUUGAUGAAAUUGAUCAAGAGAAGCAGUGGUGGAGCAUACCUUUUGUGUCGGAUUUCUUUAUGAAGAGUAGCCUUGGAUCUGCGCUAAAGAUGGCUCUUGGUUCUGAAAGCAUCAAUGCACAUCAGUUUGUGCAGUCGGCAUUUGGUCAACUGAAGUCACUAAAUGAUGCUUAUUUCCAGAAGGAUGGUUUGUCUAAUGACUUCAGUUCUGCUGUUGGGGAAACCGGGGGAGAUAUUGAUGUUAAAACCAUCUCUGGUUCGAAGGAACUAUUACAGCUAGAGACUUUGUCCACCAAACAAGAUAAAAAUUUUCAGGAAUUGAAAGUAGAUAAUAGUGGUAGUGAUUCCUCGACUUGGAGCAAUAUGGAUGACUCUCCUGAGUCAGAAAUUGUUUUUUGGAAGAAAAUUUCUGGUUCUAUCGAUCAAACUGUCCUUCAAAAGCUUGGUUUUUCUCUUCCUAGUAUUGCAGGCUGGGAUGCAUUCGACUUGUUGAAUAAAAUAGGCUUGCAAUCUCAAAAAGAUGCUGAACAGGAAUACAUCGAGUCUGGACUCGCAGCUCCUGAAAGAAAGGAUAGUAACGAAAAUGGUGAUUAUACAUCAACUUCUUCAAAUGCAAUCCAAUCUUCACUGGAGGAUAUUAGAAAGGCUUCUUGGGACGUGUUAGGUCAAACAGAGUCUAUUUUUGGAGCGUUAAUGUUAUUGAAUACAACAUUUUCUCAGCAGGGAAAAAAUGCAUCCCCUGGGGAAGAAAACAUGGAAAAAAAUGAUGAUAGCAGGCGACAGGAAGAAAAUGUUGACAGUGUUUCUUUGAAUGGUACGGGACAGACCGUUUUGGAUGGUUCCACACUUGAUGAGGGAGCGGAAGAAAUUAAAGCAUUAUUCUCAACUGCUGAGAGUGCAAUGGAGGCGUGGGCUAUGCUUGCCACUUCACUGGGACGUUCAAGUUUCAUCAAGUCAGAGUUCGAGAAAUUAUGUUUUCUAGACAAUGUUUCCACUGAUACGCAGGCGAGUUCCAGCUUUUUACUCUCGGAGAUUCAUUUUGAUGAUUGUCGAACAGAUAUUUUAAUUUACUACUCGAAUAUCAUCUAUAAAUACAAAAACAAUUUCGUUGGUCGUCUAAUAGUUAACAAAUUUUCUCUAUUCCCUGUGAAUGAACUUUUAGGUUGCUAUUUGGCGUGAUUCUACACGGAGAAGAUUGGUCAUUGCCUUCAGAGGAACUGAACAAGUAUGGCUUAAACCCAACAGAUUUCAUAUUCUUCGAAAUUGAUUGUCGGAAAACUUUCUUUUUCCUUUUUUGACAACUUUUUUAUUUCUGAACAGACUAAAUGGAAGGACCUGCGGACAGACCUAAUGCUUGUUCCCUCUGGGUAAUUGGCUUUUUUUAUUCAAUGGUGUUCUAAUUAUUUCUCUCCUUUUUCUUGAAUGAAAAUUCCAUUUCCUGUUCUCUUAGUUGUGAUUCUUUCCUUCUAAAGCUGCCUAAAAAAUACUAUACUGUAUUGUUGGAAUAGUAUGUUUAGCUAGGUGUACUGUGUAUUAUUUAUGGUUUUUUGUAUGUUUUUCUUCCAUUGUCGUCUUAAUCCUUGUCAAUGAUUGAUGGAAUUUCAAGAGUUAAUGGUAAAGAUACAUAUCAUAGAACAGAUAUUUAAAUUUGGUAAGAACAGAGCGCACAGACAUUUUCUAUAAUAUCAUGGAAAACUUUAAUAUAAAAUUGAAAUUACUAACAUUUGUGACAUUAUUCAUAUUUAGCAUUAGUCACAAAUAUUGCAUUUCUCCUUUACAUUACUCAUGUAACACUUUUUUAUUAUCGUAGUUAAUAGGAUUUAAGAAUGUAUAUUCAACCACAACAUUGGGAAGAUGGUAACACCUUCAUCGUACAUAAGCAUCAUUGCAGGGGCCUCAACUUUUCUACAUAAUCUGACAAGAAUCUAGUUGACACUUGACAUUUCGUCACAACAAUGACUGGAUAAUUUACACUUAUUUCCCUCAGGUCUUACUCUAUUCCAUUACGAUGGUACGUGGAUAAGGGAUUCAUAUUCUUCCAAUGGAUUCUUUGUCACAUCCUCCUUACCUGUUUCGUAACAACAAUGACUGGAUAAAUUUGCACUUAUUUCCUUCUAGUCUUACCCUAUUCCUUUAUGAUGGUAUGUGGAUAAGGGAGCUCAUAUUCUUCCAACGGAGUCUUCGUCACUUAAAUUUGAAUUUCCACCAUUUUAUUUGUUUAAAUAUUAUAAGUUUGAUAUUAUGAGUUUCAACAUGUGUAUUAUAUCAUUAGCACUAUUAAAUGAUCAUUUUAACUUAGACUAUUAAUGAUCUAUGAUAAACAACAUUAACACGAGGUUGAUAUAGAAUUAUGGUAAUGAUGUGUAUUGUAAGCAAUUGUUAAGCCGGUCAAGGGCCUGACUUACUCAGGUCACCACAAACUGGAGCUAGGGUUCCUUUCGGAACUCUAUUUUCCUCUUUCUUUACGUUCCAGUCUCAGUUUCCUAUCAGCAAUCAUGUGAGGAGAGUCAACUAUUUGAAAUUCUUAAUUUCUUAACUUGUUAAUAUUGGAUCUUUAAAAUAUGAAACCACCAUUCCCUCCUUAAUCCUUAUUCACCUUGAACCAUCGAGAUCAGGAUAAUAUGAGAAAAUAACAGGAGUACGAAGCUCUUCCUCUAUGACUUAUUGAUUGCUUUCUUAACAGUCUCCUUAGAAUGAUUAAAAGUGGAACGUGCUUUGUCUCCUUGAGAUAAUAAAUGGACUGGUACAGUGCGAGUCCAAAAUUUCAAAACUAUCACAUCUGACGACAAGAUAUGAGGACCUCUACAUUGACCUACUAGUCAAGGGUGAAGCCUGGUUGUAACUGGAGAAACCUUCCCGAGCAGCUAUUGAGGUAGUUUAGAUGACUACCUGUACUCUUUUAAGCUCUUGAACAUUUUAUUUUUAAGAUCUUUUCCUUCAGCCCUCAAAAAUCUGUUAACAAAUUUUCUAUUUCCUGUCACAUUCAUCACUACAAAUUGUUGAGAACUCCUUGGUUGGCUACCUUUCCACUUACAACUAAAGAAGUUAGAUUUCGCCGACACUUCCAACUCACCUGUUGCGUAAAAAGCGGUUUGGUGGGAUGAAACGCAGCAAAAGCAGUAUUGACAUUCGUAAAUACAUGGAAUUGGUUUUCUUCACAUAAAAAUCUCCAUUCACCGGGUGAAAGCAAGACACUUUCAGGUGGGUGGGUAAGGUAAGUUCAUGCUCCUUCCUGAUGCUUGGUAUAGGAUUACUAGUUUCAAAAGCUCAUCCAUUACAUAUUUCUUAGGAGGUUCGAGGAUUUAGGAUGUAGGAAGGCUGCAUUUUGGCCAAAAGUAUCAGGUAGGAUAGCUGUAAGAGAUACGAAUUUUUCAUCAGACAAGUAUGAGCAGCAUGAAAAAUGCAGCAUACUUGGCCAAACGUCUUCUUCAUUGCAACACUUUAGCCUACAAUUGGGCCAUUUGGCCCGUUCACAGGAGAUUAUGGACCCGUGUUCUAUGGAGUUCAGUAAUACACAAACCUUCACGCGUUAUUUUUCUUGAGUACAUUUAUAAAUUCAAUCUAAAUUGUAUUUUUCUAGAAAUAGAAGCAUAGUCACGUAUGCUUCAUCACAUCUACUCAAGCAUCUAAACCUAUGUCGUUGGUGUGUCUAUGUUACAGCGCUUGCUGGAACAUGUUUUUGAGCACCUAUGACACUCUUUCUUCAUGAUUUUGCAUAGCAAAAGUAUAGAUAUAUAAACUAUCUUCGAGUGGUAGCUGUAAACAUUGAUUUUAUUAAUCCAGUUUGAUUAGAGAAGCUAUUUGUAGAUUCAUGGAAAAUGGCUUACCACUGGAGCUCAAUGUUUGAAUCAAUGGAAAAUUAUUGUUUUUUCGAAAAGUGACGAGAAUUCCUAAAUUCGUUCUUGUAAGGAUUUUUUGAAUGUUUUCUGAUUCCUUUUGCUAUUUCUGGUUUAUUUUCAAUUUAGACGAAUUUUUAUGUCUUAAUGCUUUCUAGAAGUAUUGAAGUUAUGAUUGUUCUUUUUCUUUGUGAAAUUGUUAAAAUUCCUUGGAUUUGUAGGCUAAACCCUGAAAGAGUUGGUGGAAAUUUCAAGGAAGAAGUUCAGGCAAGCAUUUCACUCUGGUAGACAAUUUGAAGAAUUAUUUACUAGGGUGAGAAAUUAUUUCAACUUGUAACGGCUCAAUAUCUCUGUAUUGAAACUUGCAGGUCCAUAGUGGGUUCUUGGGCGCAUACGAUUCUGUCAGGAACAGAAUUAUGACUCUGAUCAAACUCUCUGUAGGAUUCUGGUAAGUCAUUCUUAAUAAUAUUUGCAGUUCUUUGUAAAUCAAUACUGGUACUUUGAUCAGAAGAUUUAGGUCUAUUGAAUAUCGUUCAUCAAUAUUUUUCCUUAGCGGCUGUUUAUGGGAAAGAAUAUGCCGCUCUUGGAUUCGUGCUUGGUAUAACUUAAAUUCGUGCAUAAGUCAAUAUUUUGUAACAUUCAUUAGUUAUUAAGACAAAAUUCUAUCUAUUGGGAACGAAGAGAUUUUUUUCUUGUUAGGGAUGUGGGAAAUGAACUGACUUAAUCUGUUGGAUACUCAUAGAACGAAGUGAUUCAUUACGUGUGUUGACUUGGAAUGUUGAAGGGGUCCAUCAGUUCUGUCCAGCUCUACCAAUAAACGGCGAAUAAGUUGGUAUUUUGAUACCCAACAAUAGAACAUGCAUUAAAAUUGUUUCACUGGGCUAAAUAUCCUUUGUGUGAAACAAUUUGGGAGCUGUUGGUUUGUCUUCAUUGCUUCACUCGAACUUUGAAGACAGCAAAGCUGCCAGAUGCAUGGAGUGCGGUAAUAAUUCAAUUACACUAGGACUGCGGCAUUAAGUUGAUUAUUGUCCCAUAAAUUUGCUCCAAUAUGGUGCGUGGACUCUUGGACAGUGGGUAUUUAAGGGCGGUUGUUUAAAAUAUAGACGACUUUCGGAGUGAUCAUCACUACAAGUCAACCAUGUCUUACCCGACCCAUGAACUCUUUUUUUUUUUUUUUUUCAUGUUAUUGGGUAGUUAAUCUAAUUAAAAUCUUUGUUACAAAUCAACUUUUGGAAUAAAGUGAAUGAUUUAUUUAGUAGUAAUUUCAUUGUGAAUAUUUUGCAGAAUUUAAUAGAAUGAAAUAUUUUCUUGGUUGGCAGUGAGGAUGCUGAUUUGGAGUCCAUUUGCAAGUGGCACGUAUACGUGACAGGCCACAGUUUAGGUGGUGCAUUGGCUACGCUACUCGCUUUUGAGCUUUCAUCAAGUCAAAUGGCAAAGUGAGCUGCAUUUUUUUCUCAGUUUUCAGAAAAUCAUUUUCUUUACCUUCUUAGGUUUUUCGUGGGGUUUUAGUUUUUUUUUUAUCAUUAUUGAAUAACACACGGAAUACCAAGUGUAUUGAAACAUAUAUAUUACCCUUGUAUGGCUUCUCCGUACGUUUUCACCUUGAAUUUCUUUCGUCUCCCCCACAAACCUUCUAGUGGUGACCUCGUAGUGUCCACUAAAAUGGAAGCAUACAUAUGCUGAGUUAAAAUAUAAACUGUUCAAUAGUCGGCCACGGAGUUAUACGAACGAAGAACAAACUAUUCCGGUUGCUUGAAAACUCUAAGCCAUUUAGAUUGUUUUGAACGUAAAUUCUUCCUCGAGAGAAAUAGUUUUUAUUCUACAAAAUAGACCAGAAAAUAGUCAAUUCGUAAAACAAAAUGGAAUAUGAAAAAUUGAUUUUCUGCUGCAAUUCUGGCUCCGACAUGUCUUUAAUAACUUGCUUGAUUUUAUGUUCUAAAAACUCUGAACUUGAAAACAAUCUAUGAAUAACUAUUCUUUUUAGUGCCCAAAAUUCGAUUUUCUGGUUUUUAAAAUAUUCCAGGAACGCCGUAACUUUAUGGUGAUAGUUUCAAUAUUACCUAAUGGAAAGUUUGCUUACGCCCACAGGAGCAUCUCACAUGCCUACUCAAACUUAGCCAAUAUCUGAACCUGGAAAGAUUUUUUCAUGGCAGCUAAUUCUAGUUCAAAAUUUCUUCAGAGAUGAAAAACCUAUUGCCCACGUGUGUGUUCAUGGUGGGCGAAGUUGGGGUUCAUGGGAUGGGAGUAGAUGACUACUAGGGAAGGAACAAUCUUGUGCAGAAUCCAUUUCACCACUACACAGAAGAAAGAAGGCAUCUAUUUUACUUGAGCUUUAAAUAAUAUUACGAGACUCGAGUUUUUACAUAGUUGCUACAAUUUAUCUCUGUGAUUAACACCUGACGACUUGCAUCAGGUGCGGUGCGAUCUCCAUUACGAUGUAUAAUUUUGGUUCUCCAAGAGUUGGGAAUCGAUGCUUUGCUGAGCUGUAUAAUCAGGUAAAUAAGUUCAUUUCUUUUUCCUUUUUUUGGGGCGGGGAGAUAAUGUGGUAACCAAGCAAGUGAUUUAAAUGACAUAUAAAUUAAUAUUUGCUCAAAUAAUGAGAAAUCAGUCUGAUAUUUACUUAGUUAAUCAGCACGGGGAUUCAGAUCCUAUUAACGACUGUGUUCUUGUCGAACAAGGCAGAAGGUGAGAGACAGCUGGAGGAUUGUGAACCAUCGAGACAUCAUCCCCACCGUUCCCCGUCUCAUGGGCUACUGCCACGUUGCACAGCCUGUCUAUCUCGCAGCUGGAGAUCUGAAGAGUGCUCUGGUACGUAUGACGCCCCCCGGUUAUCUGAAAAUCGAGGGUAUUGCAGUCGGUUGGUGAUGUGAUUCGUCGAAGACGCAUCGUUUUACAGGUGAAUUUGGAGUCCUUACAAGAUGAGUACCAGGGCGACGUGAUUGGGGAGUCGACUCCCGAUGCUCUCGUCAGUGAGUUUGUAAGUGCACGGCCGUCGUCUGGCUUCACCCAUCUGUCUGAAGGAGCGAGUGGUGACGCCAUUGCUUCCAUUCUCUCUCUAUAUUUGCGCCGGUGCAGAUACGAGGGGAGAAGCAGCUCGUCGAGAAGAUACUGCAGACGGAGAUCAACCUGUUCCGGUCCAUCAGAGAUGGCACCGCCCUCAUGCAGCAUAUGGAGGACUUCUACUACAUAACGCUCUUAGAGGUGUGCUCUUCUCUCCCUCUUCUACUUUCGCCGUUCGUCUGAGAUCAUUUUCUCCGAUAAUUUUACUAUCAGCUUUGCCGGGUUUAAUGGUUUGUGAGUUCCUCGCAGAGUGUGAGGUCGAAUUACGCUGCAUCAGAGAAUCCAAGGUCGAACGAAAUGGAAUCCUAA